UCAGGACGGUGUUGGGCAAAGUCGGAGCAAGUCGCCGACUUCAGCCACAAACGUAGCUCUCAUCCACCCACACACAGCCAGCCAGACAACAGCAAUCACUGCGACGACGACUAUAGAAGUACGUAGAUGGACGAACCAGACUUCCUUCACGCAGCCCCCGAGUGCCUCUUGCCGCCGGAAGCAUGGGUGAACAAGAAGGAACGGUUCCGGUGUCAUGUCUGCGCCCAAAAAUUCAGCAACAUCUACCGUCGCCGCCACCAUUGCCGCAUGUGCGGCGAACUGUUUUGCAGGCAGUGCAUAGUCAACAAAUUCCUCCACAUCGCCGGCCGCGAUAAAGUUACCGUCAAGGUAUGCACGCCUUGUGCGUACGAAGAUGCGAAUCAGUCCAAGCGGCGGCGGCCACACUCGCCCAUGACCUUUCGGUCGUCGCGCCGCCUCGGCCUCGAGCACAUGCCAUGCCGGUCCGACGACCUGCACUCGGACGACGAUUUCGACGACAACGACGCCGCAGCCACAAAGGACCUGCUGGAUUCGCCAGUGCUCUCGUCCACCCAAUGUGAUGUGGUCUCGGAUAGCCAUAAUCUCGCCACGUCAUCAUCGUUAACCACUCGACGGGCACCUACUUCGGCGCCAGUCCGGGACCUAGAUUUCGAAGAGGCGGCGUACGCGAUGACUUGUCCAGCUGCUCCGUGCCUCUUUAACGAAGUCGAGCGUCUUGGGGCCCUCAAGUCGCUGCAGAUCUUGUACUCCCCGCCCGAAGAAACGUACAACGUCGUGUGUGAGUUGGCGGCCACGACCUUGGGGUGUCCCAUGGCCGUCGUGAGCUUUAUGGACCUGGAACGCCAAUGGUUCAAAGCCAAGGUCGGGCUCUCCAAGAACUACUUUUCCCGUCGCGUGGCGUUCUGUGCCCACGCGUUGUCGACGCCCGAACCGACGGUGGUCCUCGACACGCGGGUGGACCCCCGCUUCGCCCAGAACCCGCUCGUCACCGACUACGGCGUCCGAUUUUAUGCGGCCGCGCCGCUCGUGACCGCGGACGGAUGGCCCGUGGGCACGCUGGCCGUCUUUGACUACCACGUGCACCUGACAUGCAACGUCACCACGACGCUGAUCCCGCUCGCUCGGGGCAUCAUGAAGCAACUGGACGGACGGAAGGCCAACAUCCAGGGGAUGCGGCGGCGGAGAUUUGCCGCGUCCUUUGACGACCGCAGCCAUGCCACGUCGCUUGUGCCCAAGAAAUCGCAGCUCACGCCCACGCUGGGCCCGAAAACUGCCUCUUUGAACAUGGCCCCGCUCUCAUUGAGCGUGCCGCUGCUCGACCACGAUGCGAGCCCCACCACAUCGGUGCGUUCGUCGUCGUCGUCGUCGGUCAUGAAACCACAGCCCAAGAUGGAAGCGAUUCUGUUUGACCUGCUCAACAAAACCAGCGAAACGCAGCAGCAACUGGCGUCCCAGCAGGGCUCGAUGUUUGCAACGUUGGGCCACCACUCGGAACAGAUUGGCAAACUCGCCGAAGCGCUCGCCCGCAUGGAAUCCAAACUCGGGUCUCCUGUCGCCUCGGCCUAAUCCAACGUGUGUGUACUACUUAUUGACAUAGACUACUGUACUUGUACUACUCGAGAGCUGUACCACCAGAGUAUACAGUCAGUACGGUAUGGUUUGCACAGCAAUCUGCUGUACAUGGUGUAUUGGCAAAUCGAU